AUGAUGAUGCUGCCAAUUCGCUUAUUGGUGAUCAUCACCUUGGUGGCAUCUCAGCCACAGUUCAAGAAGCACUGGAAACGAGCACCCGUCCAUGGUGCAUUCAAUGUGGACGCCUAUGCAUACAACAAGCCCCAGGUGAAUUUGGUAAAGCAGUUGCCAGCAGCAACUAAGCCUGGAGAGAUGCUGCCCGUACGUCAGGUGCUACAACACAUCUCGCACAGCAGUCGCGCCUUGGCCAUGCCAAAAGCUCAAUACAGAAACCUCGAUGAUGCAGAGAGUAAACCCGCAACUGAUUAUCGAGAAGGUAGUUUGGUGCCCGCUCUGAAAGCAACUACCCUUGCCGCAUUAAAUAGCCAAUUAGUACAGCUCCAAAUGAAUUUGAGUCAGACACGGUCAAGCUUAUAUUCGCAUGAGUUUCAUGUGCAAAAUAUGGGCACUAGGAAAAUUGUGCUCCUUAACACGCUGGCCAAAAAGGAGCAUCAUAGACCCGUUAGCACUGAAGUUACGAACAUACAGGAGAGGCCAUUGAAUGUGAAAUUGGCAUUGCCCGAGCUUAUCGGAAGCGUAGAGGAACACCAGUUGCAGGCGGAGAUAACAGCCACAACGCCAAACCAGGUGAAAGCUGAACCAAUUAGCUAUCUGGAAACUGAACCAUCUAAUAAGGGACAGCUGAGCGAUGUGACUACUGACAGCAAAGAGAUAGCUAGGGAUGUGAGUAAGGCGCCAACAAUCGCAAUAGAGUCAACAGCAGCGGUUGGACAUAAGGAGCAGCUAAAGACUAUUGUCAAUGGAAAGCAGCAGCAGGAGCAGGAACAGGAGAUGCGAAAUCAGCAUCAGUUGCCGAUGAAGUUGAAGCUGAGAGUUGAGAAUGCUGCUGACAGCAAUCAUGACAACAUUGGCUUCAGUGUGGCGCCUGUGACAGAGUCCAAGCCAGUUGAAAUAGAUGGAGUUAAGGCUCAUCGCUUGAAAUCGAAGCGCAAGCAAACGAAAACAAAAGUAAAAACACAAAAUCAAAAUCAAACACAAACGCAAAGAAAGACAUCAAAUGAAACUGAUUCAAAGCUGGCAACGAGUUCUGCUCCAGUUGAUAUGCUGAUGAGUGAGACAGCAGAUGUCAGCACAGGGAAUCCUCAACAGCAGCACAAGGGUAGCAGAGUUAGGGUCAGUGUAAUGGCCAAGGGUAAGGGUAAGCGGAAGGGUGCUGGUCAGAAGCAGGAAAUCGAAACUACGACAAAUUGGUGGCAGAUACUACCAUAUGCGGAAAUUAGAAAAUUUUUGAAUACGAUUUAUGAUAGCAUCGCCGACGACUCCGACGAUGAGCGGGCUGCACAUCGGAUAUGA